UGCGGCCAGGGAGUGAAUUGGCGGCGUCUCUUUUUCCGUGAGCGUAAAAGUGGUGCAGAGCAGAACGGGUGGUCAUAAAUACGGCACCACCGGCGCAGCACCGUCAAUAUAUGUUGUUACAGCAGUCUUUGAAAGGCGCUUUGUGCAUCAGUAAUCCGCUCUGAUGUCACCGUGCAGAAGGAGGGGCUGACCGCUUGGGCCCAAUCUAUGCAAGUUGUCAAAGGGACCGAGAUAGACUGGAAGAUGGCGAGGCGGACCGUAAUACGAUCUACCCGCUCCUAAGACACAGGCAGUGCUUCGAUUAGCAUUUCCUUGGAAACCUAAGGAGCAUGCUCAGAACGUGAACAGACCAGAGCAGCAUGAGUCAGAGGGAGCAGGGGGAGGAGCUUAGAUCUCCGGGAGCCGUGGGGGAGGAGCCUAGGGCGGCUCGUAGCCGCCAGCCCAACGGCACUGCGGGGGAGCCUGUCCGGAGGAGCUGGAGACCCUGUCAGAUGAUGGGCCAGGACGAGCACAACCCUCAUCAUCAUCAUCCUCCUCCUCACCAGCAUCACCAGGGGCGCGGGCCCCCCCGACACCGCAAGCGACCCUCCCCGGGUCACGACCCUGAGCCCCACCUCACGCACCCCCCCCCGCGCCCGGGCGUGGCCCGCUACCGUCGCCAGGGAGACAGCGCCCCGAGGGUCAGAGGUCACAGGCAGAGACCGCCGCAGUCGCCCGACCCUCCUCGGGAGAGACGGACGCCCGAUGGACCAAUGGAACAGCAGCGUGUGGCACACGCCCCUCUGAACCACCAAUCACAGGACGCCGCAGCGCCUGACCUCACUCCUGUUGCUAUAGUAACACCUACAGACCACAAGGUGGAUUUCCUCACCCCAGAUUUGACCCCCGAGGACCAGCUCCCUCCCUCCCCCCUUCCCUUCCCCCUCUUGGAGGACAACCAGGAAGAAGCCGAAGGGGGCCAUCCAAUCAGAGCUCAGUAUACUAGUGCGGAGGGGAAGAACCCAGAGGAGGAUGAAGGAUGGGAAGAUGAAUAUGUAGAGGAGGAGCAACAUGAAGAAAAAGAUGGAGGAGAGGAUGAAGAAGGGGUUGAAAGAGAGGAGGGAGGAGAGGAAGACGUGGGGGUUGAAAGAGGUGAGGAUGGAGGGAGGGAUGAGGAGGAAGAGGGAGCAAACGACCCAUGCUCUGACACAGAGAGUGCUGCCUCUCUGAGCAUGGAGGCUCCUCCCCACAGCCCUCCCCCCCUCCUAUCACCAUCCACCCCCUCGUCCCCGGACACGCCCAACUUCCCGCCUCUGCGUCAUCAACUGGACCACUUUGACCAAUACGACGAGGAUCCCAGCCAGAGCCCCACCCCCGACGACGACCCUUUACCCGACGACGAGAGAAGCCCAGAUUCCUACUGCUACUCCACCUCCUACCCCAAAACCUACGCUGACUUUUACACCCAGGCUCACCCGCAUUCCAACCACGAGCCCUUUUCAGAGUCCUACUCCGAGCCCUAUGCCAAAUCCUACCCCAGCUCCUUCCCUGAGCCCCUCAAGGUGUCCUACCCAGAGCUGCCAAGGGAGCCUGGUAGGAGGUCAGGGAGGAGAGCGGACCAGUCCCACCCCAGCCACAGACACAGACCCAGGGAAGCUCCAGAGCCCCACCCCGCUGAUCGCGAUCUCCGAGCCCCCAGACAGAGCAGGGACGUGGGAUCCCACCGGCCCAGUGCCUGGCAGGGGACCUCCGUGGGAUCCAGGCUUCACCACUACAACGGGCAUUCAGACGGCGAGGGCGACAGCUCCAGGGAGAGCCUCAGUUCCCACAAUCUGCCGCCACCCACCAGGCACGCUGUGGCAGAAGCCCAGGUAGAGUGCCCUCGCCCUGGCAGGGCCGGUCCAGGCGAGUCCCAGGAUGAGACGGGCCUCUCGGAGAAGAGUGCGAGGGGAUCGGGAGAUGCGAUCACUCUGGCUAUUAAGGAUAUCAAAGAGGCCAUAGAGGAGGUGAAGAUUAAGACCGUGCGGUCCCCGUACACCCCUGACCGCUCCGUAGAGCCAGUCUGGGUGAUGAGGCAGGAGGUCAGUCCUUCAGAGGAGGAGUUCCCCUCACAGCCACUAGGGGGCAACAACACCUCUAUUCCCCAGUCCCCCUCCCAAUCUUUCUCUCAGUCUCCAUCCCUCUAUGCCCCAGCUCCUACUACAGCUUCUGCUCCAAUCCCAGAGCCUGCCUUCAAUGUGAGGGCGGAGUCUUCUAGAACUCACCAAUCCCAGCAGAGGGAGCCUCCCAGGCUGCCUCAGCCCACCAUAGAAGAGAUACGACGAGCAAUGCCCUCCUUUCCUACAUUUGUGGAGGUCCCUGGACCAUGUGACCCAGAUGACCUCAUCGACGGCAUCAUCUUUGCGGCGAGCUACCUUGGCUCCACCCACCUGCUGUCGGAGAGGACGCCCACAAAGACGGCCCGCAUGCAGCAAGCCCAGGAGGCCAUGAGCAGAGUCCGGCAGCCCCCCGAGACUGAACUCCCAGCCUCGACAGAAGUAGAUCUCUUUAUGUCCACACAGAGGAUCAAAGUUCUGCACGCUGAUAAUCAGGAGUCUCUGAUGGACCUUCCCCUGAGGACCAUCUCCUACAUAGCAGACAUCGGGAACAUGGUGGUUCUGAUGGCCCGGGGGAAGAUGGUACGGUCCAGAAGUGCUCAGGACAAUCUGGACCAAACCAACGAACACCCGGGCAGCGCCCGUGACGACCGGCGCCAGUACAGGAUGGUGUGCCACGUGUUCGAGUCGGAGGAUGCCCAGCUGAUAGCUCAGUCCAUCGGCCAGGCGUUCAGUGUGGCCUACCAGGAGUUCCUGAGAGCCAAUGGCAUCGACCCUGAGGACCUGAGCCAGCGGGAGUACAGCGACCUGCUCAACACCCAGGACAUGUACAACGAUGACCUCAUCCACUUCUCCAAGUCGGAGAACUGCAGAGACGUGUACAUAGAGAAGCAGAAGGGGGAGAUUCUGGGCGUGGUGAUCGUGGAGAGCGGCUGGGGCUCCAUCCUGCCCACCGUCAUCAUCGCCAGCAUGAUGCAUUCUGGGCCGGCGGAGAAGUCCGGUCGGCUCAACAUCGGAGACCAGAUAAUGACCAUUAACGGCACCAGUCUGGUGGGACUGCCUCUCAAUACCUGCCAGAGCAUCAUCAAGGGUCUGAAGCCCCAGUCCAGGAUCAAGAUGAACAUGGUCAAGUGUCCUCCUGUUACCAUGGUGCUCAUACGCAGACCGGACCUACGAUACCAGCUGGGCUUCAGCGUACAGAACGGCAUUAUCUGCAGCUUGAUGAGGGGCGGGAUAGCGGAGAGGGGCGGGGUCAGGGUGGGUCACCGCAUCAUCGAGAUCAACAGCCAGAGCGUGGUGGCCACGCCCCACGAGAAGAUCGUCCACAUCCUGUCCAACGCCGUGGGCGAAAUCCACAUGAAGACAAUGCCGGCAGCCAUGUACCGUCUGCUGACAGCCCAGGAACAGCCUGUCUACAUUUGACUGACUGCAUCACACAACCCUCAAAACCCCCUACCACCCUUCCAAACUCACCCCUGUACCCUCUCACUCCUCCCACCUCUUACCAAGUUAUUUCUUCACUUCAGUUUGCUCACACAGUCUUGGACCUAUUGCUUGUUUUUUACCUAGUCGUGUUUGAUGUCACACUGUACUUAAUGUUCAUCUCAGCACUGACUUGCCUUAAUCUGUUACUGUCAUGACAUCGUAUGACCGUGGCUGGAGCCUCUGCUCCCGAGUAAGAAGGCACAGAUUAAUCCACUUGGCAGUGUUAACGUGACGUGUUUUAUCAGUACCAAAGACAACUGUGAAAUUGAACGAGCAUAUUUAGAGGGCGGUGUAGAAAGUAAGGAAUAUCUUUGGUAUUUGAGUCCUAUGAAUGUACUUAUAUUACUGCUAUUAAACAUUUAGGUUUAAACUUUUGGUCAUCCGAAAGACGAGUUGUUAACUGGACCAAAAUAGCGUGGAGUAAAGAUGACAGUGGCGUAUGUCAACUAUGCUAAGCUAAUUUACAAACUAGCUAAGGUGAAGGUCAGGCUUUCCAAAGUUUUUUCUAUUUGUUUACUGAACUUGUAUUUAUACAAAUGUUUCCCACUUAAUUUGUGCGUUGUGUUGGAGAGACUUUUUUAUUCACCAAUAUUUAUUUCUGGGGGUGAACAUUUUGGAUCAAAUAUUGUAUUAAAGUGCUUGCACACUGCCCCAGCAUACAGCAAACUCCAAAUGUUGGUGGUUGUAAAACAAUGUUGCAGAACACGUUGUGUGCUAAGACACAUACUCACCCAACACAGGUGCAUUUCUGUUCCCCAAUUCAAUAUUCUGUUAAACAUUAACCCUCCUGUUGUCUCCUGGUCAAAUGUUUCCCAUAUAAAAGUAAAAAAUAUUUCAGAAAUAUUACCCUUUUUUCUUAUUGGAACAAAGCUUCAAAACAACUAACAUGUAGAACUAGGCUAGUUACAAGCUACAAGGAAGCAUUAAGCUAUGACCUUUAGCGAUUGUGUGACUCCAACCAUUUGAUAUGUUCCCACAGGUGUAGGCCUGCUAUAGUGAGACUCACCGGAGUGCUGGGCAACAGAAAUCUAAAUGUUCAUGUUCCCAUUAUGCGAUAUGUCGAGUUGGGAACGUAGAACCGAUGACUUCAGUGAGGGAUCACCUUCUCCAGAGACGGUUGUAAAAAGUCACCCACACCCGGUGUGAACCUCAGGGCCACCGAGGUCGAGCAGAAUAUGAAUAACAAUUGUCCAGAAUUCAAACAAUAAAAGACACGAGUAACAAUUAUUUAUUUGUAUUUAUUCCAGAAAUUUGAGUACUCGAUCGAUAAAGAAUCAGACAUUCAGUAUAAAGAAACAGACAUGAAGACGUAUAUUGUGAUUCUCUGGUAUAAAAAGAUGAGCGUCUCUGAGUAUACGCGCAUAUAUUUAUAUAUAUAUAUAUAUAUAUAUAUAGUAUACGCACAGGAGACGCCAGAACAGUGACUGUCUCUAUGAAACUAAUACACAAAAGAAAUAAAACAAGCUUUUUUUUUCUUCUCAAACCAUACCCGAUGGUAACAACAUUGGGACCAAGAGCUUCAUGCUUGCUUGUCCUUUCAGUGAACAGA